AUGACAACACCUUUCAACUUACCUUCUCUUGAUUCCAUUAAUUUCUCUGCUAUCCAACAUCAAUUGAACCAACAACAAGACGUCGUAAAUGCAACAACAGCAUCGUCUGUUGCAACAACUCCAACAGCUUCUCCUCAACAACUCAAUCAAGAAUCCCAACAAGCUUAUCCACAACAAGAGGUAUUUCAACAAACAAACCAACAUUUACAGUCUUCUAGCAUGCCAGAGUCAUAUUCGUAUGCCUCUUUUCAGACACCACGCGUCGAUAGCAACUCGUUCGAUGCCGAAAAUGGAGAGCAAACGGCUAACUCAAAUAAUACAAACAACUCUUCCUCAAACGGUAUUGUGGCUGAAAACCACGCAAAUUCCGUUCAUCGAGACAAAACUGUCCCUCUUCCGGAUGGUUAUCAACAUACCCCUGGUCUAGUUCACUCCUCUUUUGUCAAAAGAAGGCUAUCCACUCCGAUCGAGAUUGAGCAACACGACAGCAACCACGUUGCACACAGAGCUCGUUCACAAACCUUACCAUUAUAUCAGACAAGCUCGUACCAGCAACAUAUCCCUACCCAUUUAAAUGAUAUGAAUUCUGGUCGUUUUGCACCAGCCCCAUAUCCUGCUACUAACUCCUUCCUAACUUCACCAAUGUCUGUGGAUCGCCGAACUAAAUUCGAAGAGGCUUCAAUGCCACGAACGGGUACUCCAGCUAUUGACCCCGCAUUUACUCACGACCCAGCUAUGAAAAUCCAUCCGCCACCUAGCGCUAUGGGUUAUUACGGUUCGCCUCAAGUCAAUUACGACCGUAGCUUGCACGCUAACGCGAUAACAGCUACAAUACCAACGCCUCAAGACUAUCCAAUGACGCUAGCAGGCAGGUUUCCCAGUAGCAACAUUGGUGGGCUGCCGUCGAAUGGUGUUGCAAACAAACCUCAAAACCAGGGACCCACACGACCACCGCCAGUGCCUGCUCCCGCAACAAUGAUGACUACUUUCAGCUCCAAGACGGUCUCUUCAACCCCUAAACGUUACAAAUGCAAUACUUGUCAGAAGCGUUUUACUCGUCCGAGUUCUCUACAGACACACAUGUAUAGUCACACUGGAGAGAAGCCAACAUUGCAAGAUGCUAAGAAAGAAUACGAUAGAUGUGUUACAAAGCUGGGAAGACUGAGCGAACUGAGGGGCAGGCUGCGGGAAGAAUUCGAGAAUGAAAGAGAAAUGAGGAAGUGGCAAGCUGAGAAGGACGAGCUGGAAGGAGAGCAAGAAGAGUUGAAAGAUGAGAAGAAUGAAUGGAAGGAGCAGGUCCAAGAAUUACAAUGUGCAUUGGUGGCAAUUACAACAGCAGCAGCACCUGAGGGAAUCCCAACCGAACUUCUGCACUCUGUGUUUGGACAGUUUCUGGACGAUUGCACGUCCGCUCAACCGACCGUGGAUGACAUCCAGUUUGCUGUUUCAGUCAGCACCUCGAUGCUUGGGUAUUAUAACUUUGAAAAGGGAUCGCGCGGAACGCUUGCGAAAUCUAUUCGCAGAUCACUAUGA